AUGAAGAGUUUCAUAAUAUUUCUCUUCCUUGUUUUCCCUGUUGAGGCUUUCCGUCCAACCCUUCUUCUAGGCAAUUUGAUCGAGAGAACAUGCAAGCAAACUCCAUUCUAUGAUCUUUGUAUUUGGUCUCUGAAAUCCAAUCCUGAAAGCUGUAAUGCGGACGUCAAGAAGCUAGCUCAAAUCAUGGUCGAUUCACUCAAAACUAAAGCAACUGACACUCUUGAUCUUAUUGAUGAGCUACUCGAGGAUGGGCUUGCCCUCGACCCUGCAAUGCGUAGGGCUUUAACAUCUUGCGCUGAACGCUAUAACGUGAUAAUAAGAGCUGAUGUUCCUGAAAUCACUGAAGCUCUCAAGACAGGUAACUAUAAAUUCGCUGAGAAAGGCACAAAUGAUGCAGCCAUAGAGGCCAAUUCUUGUGAAAUGGAAUUUCCUGGCAAAUCACCGCUAACUGAUAUGAAUAAAGUCGUGCAUGAUGUAUCUGUUGUUGCCGCAUCAAUUGUCAAAAUAAUACUCAAUAGCUGA